AUGGAUCAAUCGUUUCUGAUAAUGCUAUCAAAUUUGCUCCACCUCCACAACCACCUUGAUCCGACCAACUCACUCCUUUCCGACACCUCCUCCACCGCCUAUUCCUCCGACGUAUCCUCUCCUGCCUCCCUUCUAACCUCCACCUCCGCCGCGCCCCUCCUCUUCUUCACUCUCGCCUCCGUCCUUUCUUAUCUCGCUUCUAACUCACCUAAAAAACCCUCCAAGGCCUCUUCCCCCUCCUCCUCUUCCUCCAAACCCUCGUCAGAAUUCUCCGUCGCCGCUUUCCGCGCCCUCUCAACCGAGCGCAUAUGGGCCAUGGAAGCCCCCCUCCGCGACGCCCAGUGGCGAUCCCUCUACGGCCUGUCCUACCCAGUAUUUACUACUGUUGUUGAUAAGCUUAAGCCGUACAUUACUCAAUCCCAGCUCUCUUUGCCGUCUGAUUAUGCAGUUGCUAUGGUCCUGUCUAGGCUCUCUCAUGGCCUUUCCCUCAAAACCCUUGCGUCCCGUUAUGCCCUUGAACCGUAUUUGAUUUCGAAGAUUACAAACAUGGUUACUCGCCUAUUGGCUACUAAGCUUUACCCUGAAUUUAUCAAAAUCCCAGUUUCACGACGUCGUCUUGUGGAGAAUACUCAAGGGUUUCAGGAAUUAACCGCGUUGCCUAAUAUUUGUGGGGCUAUUGAUUCGACUCCAGUGAAGCUGCAUAAGCUUAGUCCUGAUGUGAUUAAUGGUUCUAUGUAUUAUUGUAAAUAUGGGUUUCCCUCGAUUUUGCUGCAGGUUGUUGCUGACAGCAAGAAGGUUUUCUGGGACGUGUGUGUGAAGGCUUCGGGUGGUUAUGAUGAUGCCACGCAUUUUAGGGAUAGUUUGUUGUAUAACAGGUUGAUAUCUGGUGACAUUGUGUGGGACAAGGCGAUCAAUGUUAGAGGGCAGCAUGUGAGGCCGUACAUAGUGGGAGACUGGUGUUUUCCUCUGCUGUCAUUUUUACUUACGCCAUUCAGUUAUAACAGGACAGGGAAUCCAGCACAAAAUGCAUUUGAUGAGGCAUUGAUGAAAGGGAGGAAUACGGUGGAGGAGGCCAUUGGAUUGCUUAAAGGGAGGUGGAAGAUCCUGCAGGACUUGAAUGUGGGACUGAACCAUGCGCCACAAACGAUUGUUGCGUGUUGUGUGUUGCAUAAUCUGUGCCAGAUCGCAAGGGAGCCCGAACCGGAGCUUUGGAAAGAGCCUGAAGAGAAUGGGCAGCCUCCUAAGAUGAGCUUUUACCAAAUGAAAUUUCGGCGGUUGAUAUAUGAAGCCUGCUCAUGUACCAACCUGGCUGCUGCAGUAGUUGAAUGGGUUUCAUUUGCCUCAUUGUUAUAUAGCAUUAAGCCAAUUUCGCACAUAGAUGGUCACACUAUGAUUUCUGUUAUUAAGAAUUUAGCUCAGCUCAAAGCAGUAGGUGCUCCACCAGCUCUGGCAGAGGAACUAGCGGCAGAGGAACUAGCGGCUGUAGAAUUGGAGAUGUUAGGUGAAGCUACACUGCCCAUUAUGGUUGGAGGCUUUGCAGUAGUAGGUCAAGCAGAGGCAACUGCCACAGCCGCCUGUUGA